UUCAAGAAUCGGACAUCACUAAUUUUUUACUGCGUACAAGGAAGUGAAAGCAAAAUGGCUGUUGUUGUUGUCGUCGCUGACAUAUAGACCUAUACAUAGUCAUGAAAAUCGUUCACACUAGGAUAUAGGAUCGUCUGAAAUUGACAGCAAAAUGACAAAUGAGUCCUCAUCUCCGCAUUAUCAUCUGGUCCUGCUUGGGAAAGUUGGAGCUGGAAAAAGUGCCACAGGAAACAGUAUUUUGGGACAGACUAACUUUAAAUCAAAAAAAUGUUUAAAGGCAGUAACACAAGAUGUUCAGAGUGGAAGAGUGACCUUUAAUGGACUGAAUGUAAGUGUUUAUGACACACCUGGAUUUUUAAAUCCUGCGGUUCAGAGUGAAGAUAUUGAGAGGAAAUGCCAGACACUUCUUCACUUAGAUGAUUCAGAACCCACUGUAUUUCUAUUGGUGAUUAGCACUGAUAGAUAUACAGAACAAGAGAAAAAAGCAACUGAUUUAGUUGUGAAGUUUUUAGGGGACAAGCAUUUGCAAAACACCUGGAUUAUCUUUACUAAAGGAGAUGAGCUACAGAGUAAUGAGGUCACCAUUGAACAGUACAUGGAAGACUCAGAAGAUCUUCAAGGUUUGGUGCAGAAACUUAACAACCGAUAUCAAGUUUUUAACAACAAACAUGACCUAAACAACAGAACGCAAGCAGAAGAAUUACUCCGAAAAAUUAUUAAUAUGAGUAUUUCCCAAAACCAACUGAGCCACACAGCACAUCAUGGAGAAAAGGACCAGAUCCAAGGGGCAAAGGUACUGCAAAACCAAGAUCAGAGACACUGCUCACCUUCUACAUCUCCAGGGACCACUUCCUCUGAUGAGAACAACAAUAUUGCUCCCCGUAAAAUAUUGCUUCUAGGCAAGACUGGUGUCGGGAAAAGUGCAACUGGAAACACCAUCCUAGGAAGUGAAGUAUUUAGGUCUGAAAAAGAUGUGAAUGCUGUAACUACAAAAAGUAGUGUGCAACACACAAACGUAGAUGGGAAAAAAUUGUCUGUUAUUGACACGCCUGGAUUUUUUGACACAAAACUUGACACAAAAAACCUAGUUAUAGAGUUUGGAAGGAGCUUGCAUCUAGCUGGAGGAGGAAUUCAUGCUUUCCUUUUAAUAUUUGAAUAUGGCCGGUUCACAGAGCAGGAAGCAGACAUGUUGAGGCGUGUAGAGACAGUUUUUGGGGAAGAUGUGAUGAAGCACAUUAUCAUUGUCUUCACACACGGGGAUGAAUGCAAUCGAAGAAAAUUAGAGUCAGGCAUAAAAAAUAACAAAUUCCUGCCUAGUGUGUUAAACAAAUGUGGGAAUCGAUAUCAUGUCAUCAACAAUAGAGACAGGAAUAACCGUGAGCAAGUCAGUCAAUUACUUCAGAUGAUUGACACCAUGGUAGAUGCAAAUGGAGGAAAGUGCUACACCAAUGAGAUGAUGGAAAAGGCAAAUAAAUGGCAUUUUGAUCAAUUGUUGCAGAUAUUAUGGGAUAUUUUAAACUGGGCAAUAGAAAUUUUGACAGGGUAUAAAUCCAAUCCUAAUAAUCCCUAAUAAGCACCCUCAAUGCCUGCUGUAAAAAUGAAUUUAAAGUAGGGUAGACCGGGUAUAGCUGUAACACGGGGAGAGUUGUAACACUACCAAUUCCACCAACCAGGGAUAAGAUAGGAGUCAUGUGACAAUUUUAGUUUCCUCAGGCUUCCUUUACAAUCCUACAUGGAGGUUUUCCAGUCUGUGUUGCUAUCUCUCCUGAAGCUACAGCAGAAAAUCUAAUUCUGAGGCAAGAAAGUAAAAAAAAAGAAAAAGAUUUUGUUUAGUACUUCUACCGUUGUAGAUAAUCUUUUAUGAGUUAUAUCAGGUCGAACUGUAGUUUUUCUAGUAAAGAAUGGUAUAUCAACCUCUUGCUAAUUUCAAAGCACCUUGCUAAUGCAGCUAGCUAAACAGUGGGUGACAGUGGCAGGGUAGGUUGUAACACGUGUUUUGAAAGUGUUACAACCAUCCCCUUACAUACAACUAAGAACACUUUUGUGAUUUUAAUAAUUCUACAGAAUGCCUAGAAGUUGGGUGAGAAAAACAGAUUGUGGAGUCAAUGCCAGUCUUUUAAAAAGAGUCCACCUGCACUCUGAUGAGAUGCCGAGCACCUCGGGGUCCAUCGUAGGUCAGUCGUUCAGUCCUUCAGUCCUUCACUCAUUAGGCCAUUUCCAAAAGCAGGCCCAAGCAAACAGACAGGUAGGGGUAGGAAGAAGAGGCGCUCGUAAAUCCUCACUGAUACACCAGUGAGGCUGGCAUUGGAAGAGUAGUCGAAAAGGGAAAAACAUCUGAAAAAAAAUCUUUGGGAGUGAGAAAAGCAAAAACAAGAAGGUAAAAAAAAAACCUGCCGGGAAAAGGGUGAAUGCUGAUAACUCCUCUUCAGAAGAGGAAGAUUUGUGCGUCGUGUGCAUGUAACCAUUCAGAAAUUCAAGAUCCAAAGAAGUGUGGGUCAAGUGUGUUUUAUGUAGCUUUUGGGCCUACCAGGCAUGCACUCCAGACCUGACCAAUUUCAUUUGUCAUUACUGUGACUCUGAUUAACAAUUAAUUUAAUUUGUUUGUUAUUGUCACCAUUGUGACUGAUAAAGAAUGCAUUUCAUUUGUUCAUUCUGUGGAGUGGGGGUAAAUAUGUGUAUGUUAAUUUGCUCUCACUCACAAACACACCCAUAUGAAUGUGCACGCACAGACUUGCACACAUAAACGCACACGUGUGCAUGCACAAAAACACACAAUAUUCUCAUACACUUCCCAUAUUCACACAUAUUUGAUUGUUGCAGCUAUUCAUUUAAAAUAAAACUGUUGUUGUAGCAUAUCACUUGGAGUACCCUUAGUUUUUGUGCAUUUUGUCUACCUGUAACAAAGGACCACCUUGUAUUUGUCAUCAUAUCACGAAGUCUGUGAUAUAGUUUAAGAAAUUUUAAUUGUUUCCAUUUGUAGUACACAAAUGUGGGUACUUUGCCUAAAAGUUUCAGACGUGUAGCUAAAAAAAAAAGGUAGUUUUGGGUGCUGAAGAAAAAAGUGUUACAACCAUACCCGGUCUCCCCUAUCAUAUUGAUUGAAAUAUUGUACACUUAAAAUUCAAAUGUACUGCAUUGACACACUGUAGAUUGAGGCGGAUUAAGAGGUGGCACACAAGUUUUUCAACUUUGAACAAGAUGCAUCACAAAACCAAUUUAAAUUUAGAAUAUGCUCAAGUUUAAUUGUACAGCCUCUUUUUAAACCCAGUGGUCUUGGACUUUAUACUGACACAUGUG